UGUUCCUUGAAUGUCUGCAGAGAGUACGAACGUGCCCUUGUGUGCUCCCUUCCACUCCUGCCGACCCUCCUGGCCGGUAAGUUCCACAGUUCGGAAACGUUACUGUUCUUGGUAACUACAACGUCCAGCCCAGCUGGUUAGGGGAUUCUGGGAAUCGUAAUCUCCACACACCACCGUUUCCCAGCUCUGCUAAAUACAAUGGGAUGAACAAGGCGUGUUAAGUGUCCGUGGGAAUGCAGCCUCGAAUGUAUUUUUAUACUUUCCGGAGAAAUCCCACGUGAACUGGGAUUCGUGUGUUGUUUACGCUUGGGAUGGUUCGGGGCUUAUUUUCGCCUCCCCGCUGGAGGCGGCCUCCUCCGAGCGAACCGCGUUUGCCGCUCCCGGCCAGCUCGCGCCUCCUCGGCUGUCCUCCCGGGGAAGCCAUUGGGCGCCCUUCUCGGAGCGGCAGGAGCAGGUGGAACGGGAACGGCUGCUGGGCGCCUCUUCUCCUCCUCACAAAGGAGAAUGCGGAGGGGAGGGAGUGCGCCUGCGCGUUCUGCCCGGCCUCGCUCCCGGAGAGCCGGAGGAAACUCCGCAUCCCGUGUCAGGCUGGGUGAGAGAGUUCAAGGCAGGAGACCGCCGGGCUCCCUCCCUACCUGAGGACGGGAAACCACUCAGCCCUGAGCGGGCGAGGCGGGCUCGCCGCCUCCCCCUACUUCCCUCCGAUGCCGGCGAGCGAGCGAGCUGAAUUAGUAUACUUGUCUUCAGCUGGCUUUAAAGUUGGUACAAGAAGAGAGGGUGUCCUCUGGAGCUACAGAUGAUGCAGACCGUCAAGGACACUUGCCCAGAAUGGCUGGGCUUCACUUGGAGAUUUGGCACUUCUUCACUGCUAAACGUGGCCUAUUAAUCCAUGUGGGAAUGUGCCUGCAGAGGGGGGAGCAGCUCUGUCCAGUCUGUUUAUAGUUCAGCUGCUGGUGAGAGAGCACUGUUAAGAGCGAUGGAGCCACAAAAGAGUCUGCUGCACACGUGAGCAGAUGCAUUGAUGUGACAGCAUUGGAUUGUAGGCUUUCUUUUUGCAGAGUGGCUGGGUCUAGUUUUGAAUGUUGCAGGGAGCACUUGCAUGUUCUUGACAUGAAAAGGCAGCACUAGUUUUUAACCAGAUCAUGCAUCUAAUUGGGAGUUGGUAAUCUGGCCUCAACUGGGCUUGCCAUCAGAAUGCUCUUUUCCGGGACAACAAAGCAGCAGAAGCACCAACGUCAAUAUUCUGUUGGGGGACAGCAGCCAGAAAAGCAUGAUGAGAGCUUCAGAUCCAAGAGCUUGCCAGUUCUCAAUGGGUCUGUUCCACGGAUUAACACUGCACAAAGUGCCCUCCUUGCUGCUAAAAGGAAUUUCUUACAGAGUUUCCUGGGGGUCUCUGAUCAGAAGUGUGGCCUUGAUACCGACUCAUCAGCACAUCACAACAACGUUGCUGCAGCUGCAGCUGCUACAGCAUCUUCUAGGACGAUGUUAUCUUUUACAGCUUCCAGCUUUUCAAGAAUUGGGAGCUUCACAGAAAGAAUGGACUGCAAUAACUCUGCCGGCCUGAGUAAGGGGGUUUCCCCGGCUUCCACACUCUUAGUAAUCCCAGGUAGAAAAUUCUUCAACAUUGUGUUGCUAGACUCCCGAUUCUUUUUGGUUUGUAUGUGCUUCCUGACGUUCAUCCAGUCCCUCAUGGUGUCUGGCUAUCUGAGCAGUGUUAUCACUACCAUUGAGAGGAGAUACAGUCUGAAAAGCUCAGAAUCUGGGCUGCUGGUCAGCUGUUUUGAUAUUGGCAGCCUAAUGGUAGUGGUGUUCAUCAGUUACUUUGGGGGGCGAGGGCGGAGGCCUCUGUGGCUUGCUGUUGGUGGUUUGUUUAUUGCUCUCGGGGCUGCCAUGUUUUCUUUACCUCAUUUCAUCUCUCCACCAUAUCAGAUCCAGGAACUGAAUUCUUCUGUAUCUAACGAUGGUUUGUGCUUGACUGGCAAUAAUACAGCCAAAGACCAUGUGGAGUCUCCAGCCUGUUUCAAGGAUUCAGGUGGAAAUGAACACUCCCUCUAUGUAGCUUUGUUUGUUUGUGCCCAAAUUCUCAUUGGCAUGGGCUCCACACCCAUCUAUACUCUGGGACCAACCUACUUGGAUGACAAUGUCAAGAAAGAAAACUCAUCACUCUACCUAGCCAUAAUGUAUGUAAUGGGAGCUCUUGGUCCAGCAGCAGGAUAUUUAGUAGGAGGAGUUCUUAUUGGAUUUUAUGUGGAUCCUCGAAGUUCUGUUUCAAUUGACCAGAGUGACCCUCGCUUCAUUGGUAACUGGUGGAGUGGAUUCCUGCUUUGUGCCACUGCAAUGCUCCUUGUUAUACUCCCCAUGUUUACCUUCCCCAAAAAGCUUCCACCUCGACACAAAAAGAAGAAGAAAAAGAAAAUGCAUGAAGAUGAUAUUCCAAGCGAUGAUGAUAUUGUAAAAGAGAAAGCAAACAGCAAACAGCAGGUAGACCAUGAGGUUCCUGCUUCAAUAGGAUUUGGAAAGAACGUUAAAGAACUUCCAAGAGCAGCUAUCAGGAUCUUAAGCAACAUGACAUUCCUUUUUGUGAGUUUGUCGUACACAGCUGAAAGUGCCAUUGUUACUGCUUUUAUUACCUUCAUUCCCAAGUUCAUUGAGUCACAAUUUGGCAUCCCAGCUUCUAAUGCCAGCAUCUACACUGGUGUGAUUAUUGUUCCAAGUGCUGGUGUUGGUAUUGUCCUAGGGGGCUACAUUAUUAAAAAGCUCAAACUCAGUGCAAGAGAAUCGGCAAAAUUGGCAAUGAUCUGCAGUGGUGUAUCUCUACUGUGCUUUUCAACACUCUUCAUUGUUGGUUGUGAAAGCAUUAAUCUAGGGGGCAUAAAUAUACCAUAUACCACAGGUCCGACUCUCACCAUGGCUCAUAGGAAUCUGACUGGAAGCUGUAAUGUCAAUUGUGGCUGUAAAAUCCAUGAAUAUGAACCUGUGUGCGGGUCAGAUGGAAUUACGUAUUUCAAUCCUUGCCUGGCUGGUUGCAUCAGUAGUGGAAACCAUAGCAUGGGCAUAAGAAAUUAUACAGAUUGUGCCUGUGUCCAAAGCCGACAAGUAAUCACACCCCCAACAGUUGGGCAGCGCAGCCAGCUAAGAGUUGUGAUAGUCAAAACAUAUCUUAACGAGAAUGGCUAUGCCGUGUCUGGGAAGUGUAAUCGAACCUGCAAUACGCUCAUCCCAUUCCUCAUUUUCCUUUUCAUAGUCACGCUGAUCACAGCCUGUGCCCAGCCAUCGGCCAUCAUAGUGACACUCAGGUCUGUGGAAGAUGGUGAGAGGCCUUUUGCACUUGGAAUGCAAUUUGUUUUAUUAAGAACCCUUGCAUACAUUCCUACUCCAAUUUAUUUUGGAGCCGUCAUUGAUACCACCUGUAUGCUGUGGCAACAAGAGUGUGGCGUGCAAGGCUCAUGUUGGGAAUACGAUGUGACAUCAUUUCGUUUUGUCUACUUUGGGCUCGCAGCUGGUCUCAAAUGUGUUGGAUUCCUGUUCAUUUUCCUUGCCUGGUAUUCCAUUAAGUAUAAAGAAGAAAAGCUGCAAAGGCAGGUGUGGAGGGAUUCACCUAUCAAUACAGUGAGUGAAGUAGUGGGUAGCAAUGGAGCUCAUCCAAACUAUGCACGAACUAGAUCCUGCCCCACUUUUAGCUCUCAAGGCGAACGUGCUGAAGAUAUCAGUCUGGCAGCAGGAAUGCCUAACACAGCACAAACCUAUCCGGGUCCCCUUACAACAGCAAUAAAUGCUUCAAUUGAGAAGGGUUCUGAAGAAGCCACCCCUGGGAUAUAGGGGCACAAUCUCAAAUUUGAUUUGUUGGUAAAUUUUAAGUAUGGGGCCUUUUGAAACACCGGUGCCUUUAUUUCUUAACAUGAUCUGCAAACAUAUGAUAAACCAACAGAGCUUAAUGCACAAAGCCAUGGCUUAUCUGAGGGCUGGAUACCUCAGAACAACCCAAGUUGCUUUUUUCCCAUUGAGGAAUGGAGUUUUAAAGUGUGAUUGUAAGUAUUUGAACAGUGUCUGUUAAACCUCUGUAUACAGGCAGAUGCUAAAAUGGUCAGAGAUCCUACGUCAUUUGACAGCAAUGCAAAUCACUUGUGACAAAAUACUAAGCUGGGGGAGGAAUAUAUAAUUAGUUUUUUCAAAGCACAACUAAAACGUCUCAGCUAUGCAACUUAGGUUGGGUAAAUUAUUUGUUAUGUGUAUUUUUCUGGUUAUUUUUUUCAUUCAUCUGAAUGACAAAAAGAGGACAUUUGGCGUCAUGAAAUGUCCAGUUACACAGGAUGUUGUCUUUAUUUUAAAGAAUUACUUGAAGCCCCAGAACUGUUAAGAUAUGCCUGAUAAAUGGUAAACCAAUUAAAGCCUGAAAAUGUAAGGCAUAAUAAUUUUAGUCUGUUACAGAAAUUUAAUUUGAGCAUGAUGUAAUAUAUUCUUACUUUAGGACAGAGGUUGCAAAAUUAUAAUUAGUGAUUUGUGGUAAUAUUAAAACACAGCAAAACUGUACAUAAAUGCCAGUUUAGCAUUCGUAUAUUCUUGCAUCUCAGAGCUAAUACGCAACAAAUGCUCUACUGCUGCUACCAAAUUCCUACUCAGAGUUUCUUUGACCGAACAGGCAAAAACUAAAAUGUGGCUUGGAGUGGGUCAUUGGAAGAGAGUCUAAUGUGUAUUAUAGGAUGGGUUUUAGUAUUGCAUGAGCUAGAUUGCUGCUCACAUUCUCCUUUGUGUACUAUGUCUUCAUCCAAGGAUAUAUUGGUGCACUUACAUGACCACAUUGCUGUUCAGUCUGCUGUCAUUCAAAAAGGAGUUUCUCUGUUUCUUGUGGGUGAGCUGUCAGAUGGGUGAAAUUACCCUUAGGGUAUCUGUACAUUUGACAUACUUCUGCAUCCAUUAAAAUUGUAGUAUUUGGAGUAUCUCAUUAUUCCUUAGUUUCAUCCACAUCAAGAAAGAAUUAUGGGACAGCCAAAGUGGAUAUGGGUGUGACAUAUUAGAAAAAAAACUUGUACAUCGAUGCCCAAGUAUGGAGAAAUUGGGACUGAAGCUCCACAUUGAGUGCUCAGUUCUGUUGGUCCAGUUUCACUGAACUACUCUUUUUAGUAAUGCAAAGCAGGCACGGAGAAGUAUUUUCAGGAUAAGCAAAUGCUUAAAGCUUAACCGAGCUGCUAUUUGUCUCCUGAACAUCACACCCUUCAGCUGCUUUCAUACAUUAUUUCUUAUUAUCUUCUGCCCCUAUGGUAGGAAAUGCAGCUUUGGAGAGAUGAAAGAAUUUCUGAACAAAGUCCAGAAAGGAUGAAGCAGGCUUGCCUGCUCUUCCCACUUCCAUGUUUCUGGUGCUACUUCAUACAUAUAUAUUUAAAAGACAACUAUUGAGGGAAAGAGCCCAUGUAGCUGGACAUUGCAAAUGGUUAGAACUAGUUUCAUGCUAGCUGCUUCUUCUCCUUUUAUUCAGAUGUUAUCACAUUUCUUUUGUUCCACUUUCAUUAGUUUUUAAGAACAAUUAAUUGCAAGGUGCACAAAGUCUACUGUCAGCUUAAAAUAUGAUUAAUAGAAAACAUGCAUCAAGAUGACGGGAGAAAUAAAAAAAGUCUUUGGGAUGCUCAAUGAGAUGUUCUGUUCUUUCUUGAAAGGCUACUUGUAUUGCAAGUAUCUGGUAUGUUCCUUUGGGUUUUUUUGUGUGUGUCAUGAAGGAUUUCCAUGGUGACACCUUUCCUUCUUGCAGUCAAUGAACUGGACAAUGAGUGCUGUGCAGCCCUGAAAUUCAGGACAAGUUUAAAUAGGGCUUCUGAUAACAAGAUGAGUUGCUGUCAGUCGAAACUGGGGUCUUGCCCAAACACAAAACCUUGGGAGUUGAAGUCAUUAGGAAACAAGGGGAGGAGAAACACUUCAGAUAACACCCUUCUAGCAGAGGAAGAGAAUAGGAAGGGGAAUUUUUUGCACACAGAAAGCACAGGAGACAAUGAGUUAUAUUUGUAGUUCGGAAUUGCUUGGCAUGAUGCAUGCACAAUGCCAACACUGUAAAUCAAGGUUUAUGUUGAUGCAGAUGGAAUGCAGAAUCGCAGUAAAUGCUGGGAAGAGAGCUGUGGGUGGAGGUAGAGUCCUGAAGAGGUGACAUAUGGGGCGAGAAGAGUAUUGGUUUUCAUAAGGUUGGUUCCUAAAUCAUGAUUUGCAGGGAACCAACUUUACAGAUAAAUGGCCUCUGUGUAACAGUUCUGUAUUUCGAGGAAAAUUAAUGCCACAUGUUGAAAACAUAGCUGGAGAACAUAGAAAAGUUACUUGCUCAGACUAGAAUUACCACCAUGGCUGGCUAGGGGACUCUGAGCACUGUAAUCCAAAAAAGCAACUUUUCUAUGCUCUGCAAAAGGGUUAGCUUUCCAUUCAGACACCACUGCUAUAUGCUGCUUAUGUUGUGUUACUGUGAUUGCUUAAAGCAGCAAGUUGAAGUUUGGCCAGAAGACACAUCAUUGCUAAUGGAGAAGAGGAAUUGACUUUUUUAUAAUUAGAGAUGGAGGAAUUACAAGAGGGGUUCCUUUGGGCCAAUAGUGUAAUGCUUCAGGGUAAGUCCCCCACCUUUCCCUCCUUGCAACAGUUUCAUUCAAUUUAAUAAUUUGAUAUGUUGUAUAUAAUGCACAUGGAAGUAGAUAGCCAUAAAUAAUAAUGUAAAUAGAUGUUUAUAAUUGCAGUACUAAGGGUACUUAUACAAACCUAAUAUUGCCUCAGAAUAUUCAUAUUCUUCCAUCUAGUUAUUUCAACAUUGAUUCCAUGUUUGAAAUUUGAAAUUGUGUUGAUUGCCUCCAAUGCAGUGUGUUAGUCUGAACAUAUACCUGUCCAGUUAAUGUGUCAUCAACAUAUUUAUAGUGUUAUCUUACUACUCUUGUAUUCUGCAAUAUGUUCUCAUAAAAGGGAGGGUGUGAGCCUUGGAUUUGUUCUUGAGUAACUGUGAUAGCAGGUUUCCAAAAACAAUGUUUUUGGUGCAACAGAGAGUGAAAAAUCAUCCUCCAUACCAGAACAAAUUGUUAAAUUAACUGGAUCACCUUUGAACUGAUUGAAAAACUGGUGCUAAUGUGUCAAAGGAAUCCUCUUUUUUGGCAUGAGAAAUAUUUUAAAUAGGGUUUAAAUAGCAGCAUGAGCUUACCUUCUAAAAUUCUGAUGUCUGUCUUGCUAAAUAAGGGCACAGAAUUAAUGGUAGCUUGGGCACACAGUCCAGCUCCUCAAGUGAGUUGUUUGGUCAACAUCACAGAGAUUCUAAAGCAGUCUUUUUAGAUAUCUUAGCCUAAAGAAUUCUUUGUAAUUUAUUGAUUCUCAGCAAGUAAGGUUUUGGACCUGUAGCUUUCUGAAGAAAGAGAAUAAUGGUUCAAAGAAAUUGUAAUGUAGUUUUCAUAAGCUGAUGUGAUAGCCAGUGACAGGUUUUUAUGAUUCUCGUGGCACCUUUUGAGCAGACAUAAAACAUGCAUUUUGGACACUUGAUGUUCCUUCUGUAUGGACCAUAUCAUUGUUGUUCUAAGUAAUAUUGAUUGAAUGAGAUGACAGUGUUAGCAGAAACAGAAAAACUGUGUCUUUCAUUUGUGAUUACUGAUUACCUUUAAAAGGUUAUAUACUGUUAUUCUUGCAAAGAGCACUGGAUAGACAAAAAUAUAACAAUGUGCAGUGUAUAGUUAAAAACAUAGGCUUGAGACUCACUGGAGAUAUGUGAUACCUCUGUGUAAAAACAAACACUGCAGGGAUGAGUUAUAUAUUCUAUGAAAUAUGCAAUUUUGAACCAGUUAGCAUUUUUUACUAGGAUAGUUUCUCACAUCAUCCAAAACUGAAGCAAAGUAGAUUUUUGCCAUUGACUUCAAGUGAAACAAUGAUAUAUUGGGUAUUUUUACAAUGAGAUGCCUAGAAAGAAGAAACUGUAUGAUUCAAGGAGCAAAAUAGUUAAAAAUGUUAAUGUUAUAUUGGAUAUAUUUCUGAGUGUGUCAGAUGGGAACGCGUUUAGCUGUUGUGUCUGUGGUAACAAAAAUGCAGAUGUGAUGGACUUGUGUGGAAUAGGUAACUUUUUAUUGAAGGUUUUUUUUUACUAAUCCUCAUGUCUCAAAGGAACAAAGAACAAUUUUCAAAACCAUUGUACAAAUUAAUGUAAAACAAAGUUUGGACAGGAUUUGUUGCAAAAAUCUGUCUGGAAGUGAGCCCUUCAAUACUUGACGUUUUGAAAUAA